AUGUCGUACCAAGUCAUAGGCAUUGCCAUUGUUGCUGUGCUGUUCCUGCUAAUCAGGCUGCUAAACACAACUGAUAUACCCAAAAUCAAGGGUCUCCCCGAGAUUCCCGGAUUGCCCAUACUGGGAAACUUAUGGCAUCUGGGCACAGACCACGCCCGUGUAGCUCAGAAAUGGGCACAAAAAUACGGCCCGGUCUUUCAAACACGACUUGGUAACAAGAGGGUCAUCUUUGUCAACUCCUAUGAAUCAGUCAGGCAUUUUUGGAUCACACAUCAGUCUGCCUUGAUCUCGCGCCCGACCUUCCAUACCUUUCACUCCGUAGUCUCCUCCUCUCAGGGCUUCACCAUCGGCACAUCUCCCUGGGACGACUCAUGCAAGGCUCGUCGCAAAGCGGCAGCUACCGCACUCAAUCGGCCCUCUACCCAGUCCUACAUGCCCAUCCUCGACCUUGAGUCCACAGUGAGUAUCAAGGAGCUGGCAGCCGAUUGCAAAGGUGGCGCCGUUGACGUCGAUCCUUCUCCGUACUUUGCCCGGUUCGCGCUCAACACCUCCUUGACCCUCAACUACGGCAUCCGCAUCGAUGGAAACAUCAACAAUGAGAUGCUUCAGGAGAUCACGCAGGUGGAGCGCGGGGUUUCCAAUUUCCGGUCGACAAGCAACAACUGGCAAGACUAUGUCCCGAUCAUGAGGCUUUGGAAUAAGCAAAACACCGAGGCGGAGUCGUUCCGCUUGAGACGAGAUGCCUACCUCACCAAACUACUCAAUGAGCUCAAAGGGCAGAUUGCUGCAGGCAUUGACAAGCCUUGUAUUACGGGCAACAUUCUCAAAGAUCCUGAGGCUAAGCUGAAUGAAGCCGAAAUCAAGUCGAUCUGUUUGACCAUGGUCUCCGCGGGACUUGACACAGUUCCCGUAAACUUAGUCAUGGGUCUCGCUUUUCUCUCUUCCCCUGAAGGUCAGGCGGUUCAAGCAAGGGCUCUAGAGGAAAUCGAAAAGGUGUACCCAGACGGUGAAGCAUGGGAGAAGUGCCUCGUUGAGGAGAAGGUUCCAUACAUCACUGCACUCGUCAAGGAGACACUUCGGUUCUGGACAGUCAUCCCCAUUUGCCUGCCUCGCACCAGCAUUAAAGACAUUCCGUAUGAGGGUGCUGUGAUCCCUGCAGGCACAACAUUUUUCAUGAACGCAUAUGCGGCAGAUUACGAUGAGCAACGUUUCAAGGACCCCUACAAGUUCAUCCCAGAACGUUUCCUAAAUGACACCGAGAGUGGAACGCCUCACUACGCGUAUGGUGCAGGUUCUCGUAUGUGUGCAGGAUCCCACUUGGCCAACAGGGAACUCUAUACGGCAUACAUACGCCUCAUCACUGCCUUCGAAAUUCAUCCGGCUCGAAACCCCGCAGAUCGACCCAUCAUCGAUGCGAUUGAGUGCUCCUCCAAUCCUACAGCGCUGACUACGGAUCCGAAGCUAUUCAAGAUUGGCCUCAAGAUUCGGUCGGAAUCGCGACUAAAGGAAUGGAUCGCGGCUGCUGAAGCAAGGACUAGACUGUCAUUAAAACUUUCAUUUCGCACACUAUCAUAUCUAUUCCUCAUGUCUAAUCAAAUUUCCAAUUUACGCCCCCUCACAACGUAUGUGACCGGACAUAGUCCCAUGAACGGGGCUGCGAUUUUCCAAGAGACGCGUCCUGCAGUAUGGACCUCUCCAGAUAACGAAUCCAUGGGCUUCAACGUGGUAUACACCACCUCCGAGUUCCCCGUUUCAUUCAACAACGACAACGACAUUGCCAAGCACGAUGCUCUGAUGGGAACAGGAAACCUCGGCCUGGUCAAUCCCAAGGGAACUGUGUGCCGCAUGGUAGAUUUCGCACCUGACAACAAGCCUGUGAUGCACCGCACGCAAAGCUUGGAUUACGGUGUUGUCAUCUCUGGCACUCUCGAACUCGAACUCGACGCUGGGGAGAAGAGGCUCCUCUAUCCUGGUGAUGUAGCUGUGCAGAGAGGUACUAUACACUCCUGGUACAACCCCAGCCAGACUGAAUGGGCUCGCAUGCUCUUUGUCCUGCAGGACUCUGAGCCGGUGAUAGUGGAUGGCCAGCCGUUAAAGGAGGAUUUGGGGGAAGCUUCGGGUUCCAUAGCUCCAAGUGGAAACAGCAACUAA